AACGGGAGCGACCGUCGCAACAGAUCGAUCAUUUUAUCUCCCACCCAAGGAUGCAUUUUUUUCACGGCGUCACGGAUGAAAAGCAAUAGGCGUUGAACAGGGGCAUUGGGAACUCCACAAGGAUCAUUGUGAGUGUGGCGUUUGAACCCAGGCUGGUCUUGCAUUGCCCUUCUUCAACUUGUAUUCAGUGCGGCUUUCUAUUACUCGUCUCUUUCUAAUCGGGGGUUUUUCCUUUCCCGUGGUCGCGCCAUCGCGCCGCUCAUGCAAACAGCACAUGGUGCGGGCGAAAUAGGUGUUACUCAUGAUUUGUUUCUCAUUACUUUCAUAUCUAUUUCCGGUUUCCUCUCUUUCGCGAUAUCUAUUCCUAGGAUGUCCGUGGCGCGCCAAGGCGGGGGAGCGGGGAGGAAGCGCAGUCAGACAGAAAAGCGAAUUCAAUUAAUGCAUGAGCGCCUCAGACAGCGUCCAGAAGGGACGUGUUUGUUCUGUAUUGGCAUAUCUUUUCUACCACCACCAGCCUUCUCUAACCAUUGUGCGAACGCGGGAUCCCAUUCAAACAGCCUGUGGGCCAAUCAUCAGCCGGUGAUCUGCCGAGAGCGACGAAUUAAAGCCGCAGCUGCAACACCGUUUUUCGCCAAUCGUGUCGAGACGCCAAUUGCGUCCGGCGAAAGAGAAAACAGCUGGAAUAAAUGGUACACGGAGCUUCACUCGAUGCGGAGAGACGAAACACUUCGAAGGCAACCCUGCAAGUCACCUGCUCGCCCCAGCAGCGUCCUUCUCCCUCGAUAUUGCCCACAAUCCCCCAUUAUUGCAUGCGUCGUACUUGGGUCCAGGGAGGUGCGGUCGUGGACCAGAUUGGUGUCAAGAGGCCAGAUGUGAUAGGGUGUGAUAAGUGCAGUCGGAUCAUAGUACUUGCUGUCAUGCAGAAUCGCGCAGCAAGGUCCACAGCCUUUUCUUCUCUCAACCCGGGAACGACGAGCAAUACAGUCAGACGGGCGAGCAUCAACCCCCAGCGAUCCUCCCGCUCUGCUAGGGGUCGGCCCGUUGACCACGCAGAAAUCGCGCCCGGCCAGACAUCUCUUGCCGACGGGAUUAUGAGGACAGCGAGAUGCAUGAGUUGAAUGGGACAACGAGCUGCGAUCCAUCAACACUGGCUAGGCAACACUCCCGGAACCUCAUGUGACAGUGAUGCGGCGAGUUAAGCCUCUACGAG